UAUCAAUUCCUGUUAGACAAAGAGCUUAUUGUGUAGCUCCAUCUGAACAAGACUUUAUUAAAGAAGAAAUCAAUAAAAUGUUGAAAAAUGAUUUAAUUCAACCAUCUGAAAGUCCCUGGGCAUCACCUGUU